GCGAAACUUUCUAUAUUCUGUAUAUAUAUAGAAUAAAUAUACGGGAGCCGCCUGGAAGAAGCCAACAGACUUUGGAACAAUGAGUCGGGACCAAGAGACUUCUGAGGUUCCAGAUAAUCUCCAUGAGUCGGCCAAAGAAAUAGCUCUGGGGAUCCUGAGGGACGUCCCGAAGAACAAAGAUGAUGUCUUGUUCCAUAUUCCGGAAUACCGGUGGCUUCUCCAAGAAGGGAAGUGUCCGGCGUCCGGCCAAGACCUGGCGGAGCGACAGAUCGAGGAACUCCAGCAGGUGACGUUCCUGAAAGGAGACAAAGAGAACAAAAGCGUCACCGAUGGCUCCGUCGGCCCGAUCUCCUCCGGACCGGUCAUUUAUAUCGUCCCUGCCUUCCACUACCAAUAUCUCGGUAAACGAUCUCGGCCGAGAGAUUUAAUCCGAGGAGUCUCGGGGUUCCUGCCGCGAACCAAGCAGAGAUCUCCAGAGACCGGGCCGGAAACCGGAAUCGCCCGCCCGGACCGCGGGGAGAGGGCCGGCGACCGCUUUAGAUCUCGUUCCAAGGAGUUAAUUUUACUCAGUAAAACAAGAGAGAGGACGCUCAGGAUUCUGAACGACGCUCUGAAUAAGAAAGACGAUCUCUUGGUGGAGAACGCCGAGGAUCUCUUACAACAGCGGAGGUUCCGGAAAGUUCCGCUAAUCAGCCCGUCGCUGGUGGAAAACCUGAUCGCCACGCUGAAGAAAGUGACGUUUUGCAAAGACCGCCCCGAUGAAAUGCGAAGGGGUCACGCCAAUGAAAAAACGAGAGAGAAGGGCCAUUUGGGGCCGCAGUUUUGGGUUCAAAAUAAGUACUUGGGGCUCGGAUCCCGUCCAGGAACGCUGAUUUUAGAAACCGCGCGUUUUCUUGGCUAUGAGCUUUUUCCGGCCCCCAAAGAAGACGGCGCGGGGAAAUCGGGACGUUCUCUGACUGCUUACGAUGUUUGCUGGGCUUUCGAAACUUGGAUGAACCACGACGGGUUUUACACAAAUAACGAGUAUUCCUGCUGCGGAGAGAGAGCCAGAGAUUCCGUGUGCGUCGCGUCUAAAAUGGCUUCCCGUUUACAUUAGAUAUUUGAUCAGCCAUUUAAACGACAGAAUCCAAAUGCUUGCGGUACCACCUUGUGAAAGUAUAUACAAUAAUAAAUGUUAAAGCAGGGAUAUACCCCGGGGAACGCACCAAAUACUGGGGUUCUGCUUUCAGACUAUGUCACCCGAAUAAUCUGCCCAUUCGCCCCUACGUAUUGAGAUUGGGGUAAAAAAAAAACUGCGAUUCAAUGGCAAAGCCUGACGGUUCUGAGAUGUUUAUAGGAACAUAGAAAGGAUCCAGGGCUGGAAGGACCCGGCUGUUAUGAGAAAUUUUAUGCAAAAGCAAACAAAAGAAGAAGGAAAAAGUCUGUAAAUCAGAGCCAUGCAGGGACCGCCAUC